CUACGCGGAACGAACAGCUUCUCCCAUGGUCCGAUCUGAGCGAGUGGUACGAUAGGCACGUGCGCGACGCGAUUCUAACGCGGUUGGAAGAAUUUCAGGAACGCGACAGCGGAUGAGCGUUGUCGCGAAUAUUGAACCUAAUCGUGAACGUGAACAAGUGUAAUCCCAUGCGCGUGGGAUGUUGGAUGAAAAUACCGCUGAGUAUAAGAGUUAAAAGGGCGGUGGUCAACGUGCCGUCGGAGAACGACACGUGUUUCGCGCGCGCGGUGGUCGCGGCUCUGUACCCCGCCAAGCGCAACGCGGAACGACUCGGCUCGUAUCCCGAUUACGCGACGGUGCUGAAUCUCGACGGGAUCGAUUUUCCCAUAGAUCUGAAAAAGAUCGGAAAAUUCGAACGUCAGAACGACGUAUCGAUCAACGUGUUUGCAACUCGGGAAGAAAUUGAAAAGAAAGCUAAAUUUGGCCGGGGCGCCGACCACAACGCGAUCGUGCCUCUGCGGUUGACCGACGAUAAGCGGGACAGGCACGUAAAUCUGCUGUAUCUGCCCGAUACGCUGCGCGGCGUCAACAGGGGCCAUUUCGCCUGGAUAAAGAAUCUGUCGCGAUUGGUGAAUUCGCAAUUGACCGCGAAACGGUGCGCGAAGCACGUUUGCGAUCGAUGUCUACACUAUUUCUAUACGCGCGACAAGUUGGCCGCCCACAGCGUCGACUGCGGCCGAAUAAACGACUGCGCCGUCGUUCUCCCGAACGAGAGGGACAAGUGGCUGUCUUUCGACAAUUACGACAGAAAGGAGCGACUUCCCUUCGUGGUGUACGCGGAUCUGGAGUGUCUUCUCGAGCGACGGGAGAGGGAGAACGUCGAGGGGGGCUCGAGAACGGAAAGAUACGCUUAUCAGCGUCACAUACCGUUCAGCGUGGGCUACUAUCUGUGCUGCACCUACGACGAUACCGCGUCCGCGUACAGAUAUCGUCGCGGCGAGGAUUGCGUUUCGUGGUUCGUGAACGAGCUUCGCGUUCUCGCGCGUCACGUUAAGAAUAAAUUUUCCACCAAUGUAGCGAUGGUGGAACUCACGGAGGACGAGAAAAGCGAAUUUCUGCUCGCGACUCAUUGUCACGUGUGCGAGAAACCGUUUCGACCGGAGAACAAUCGCGUGCGGGAUCACUGUCACCUAACCGGACGUUACAGAGGUCCGGCGCAUUCUCGUUGCAAUCUGAAUUAUAGAAACGUUUACGUGAUUCCCGUGUUCUUUCACAAUUUGUCGGGUUACGACGCGCACUUCGUCGUCGAGAAAAUCGCAAACGAUUUCGAGGGCGGGGUCGAUCUGCUGCCACUCACGAAGGAAAGCUACAUAUCUUUCUCGAAGACCGUUAAGGAGACGCAGACGGACGGAAAACGGGAUUUGUACGUGAAGCUUCGAUUCGUGGACUUGUAUAAAUUUUUAGCGGCGAGUAUCGAAACCCUGGCGUCCUAUCUGAACAGGGACAAGCUGAGAAUCACGCGUUCGGAGUACGCGGAUUUGAGCGCGGAGGAUUUCGAUCUGCUCACUCGCAAGGGUGUGUUUCCGUACGAGUACGUCGACGGCGCGGAUAAACUGCGGGAUACCGAGCUUCCGCCGCGCGAGGCCUUUUACAGCUCUCUGACCGACGAGACCGCGAGCGAGAGCGACUACGAGCACGCGACGAGG